AAUAAGGAGGCGCUCUUUCUAGUUAUUCACAUUCGUGUUCCGUGUCUGAUUGGCUGGUAUAUUAAUGAAGGGCGGCUUAGCCACGCCCACCUGACUGAAGUGAGAGGAGAGCGCGCGCCGAGCACACACUGUCAGUCAAGCGUCUCCAGAGCAACAGUAUUACGGAUCAGCUAUUUCUGAGGCUCAUUAUUGUGUGAAAAAGAUGAACCUGAACCCGUCUGAACACAGCAUGGACGGCAGCAAAGCCGAGCACUUGCUCCCUUGUUUCCGCAGAAGUGCGUUCGACGAGCCUCUGGCUUCCUACCACAGCGGCUCCAUCAUAUCUCACCUCCUGCGUAAAACCCUUCACAAUAAACUGAGCUCCCUGGACAACAGCCUCCUUUACCUGCCCUCCGCAAACACCAGCGGGCUCGAUCCCGAGUCCAGCAGCACCGAUGGCUUCGCUCAAGAGGAGCAGAGCAGAAUGUCCUUCAAAGACGAGGAUCUGUCUGUGAGCGAGCACCUCCAAGCCAAGCGCGCCCGGGUGGAGAACAUCAUACGAGGCAUGGCUGCUUCACCCAACGCCGACAGAGAAGCGGAGGGUGAGAGCGAAGCCGUCCGCUGCAGAAGAGACCUCCUGAAGGAGAACAAACGCAAGCAGAGGCUCCCGCAGCACCAGGAGCCCAGCCAGUCCAACACCAAGACCAGCAAAGACCAGGAGUGCCACAGACUCAAGGAGCAGCUCCAGAGCAUGCAGCGGCUCCUGCAUCAGCUCCAGGAGAAGAUCUCGCACGUGCACGACCAGAGUUACUCGGAGAACGAGGAACGGGAAGACGCGAGGUCAGAGCAGUCGAGUCUGAGGCUGGAUGGGGGGUACAAAGACCAAGUCAAAGUAGAAACCGGUGGUUUGGGCUCCGACACGGCGAUGGAGAACCUCAAAGAGACUCUGAAAUGUGAGCUGACCAGGACUGUGAGCGAAAGCAUCGAUACGGUCUUCAAGAAGCUCUCCACGACUCUUCUAAACCAGUCAUCCCCGUGCCACAGUCCGGACUGCUCGGGAACCGAGAAGCGGAUCCCAGAGGAUUCCCCUUUGGAUCUGUCGGAUUCUGAGGAACACGUGAAGAGCAGGCACUGCUUUGAGAGCCACGUCCCGGAGCACCAGACCGAAGCCUUGUCUCUAGUGGUGCGGAAACCUUCCCUGAGCCAGGCUGUGAAGAGACCCUACCCGCUGCACCAGACGCCCUUUCAGAUGGGCUACAGCGCUCCUCUGCACGACAGCCAGAUCCUGGAGCACCUGCUGAAGUACGGCCCUCACUCCUCCUUCUGUCUGGAGAGGCCCUCGCCGGACUCCAUGGAGCGCCCCUGGGAGAGCCUGGCCCUGAGAUCCAAGCUGAGCUCGGGACAUCUGGGUCAGCACCAGACGGGUCUGGUGUCGGUGGACGCGCUCUGCCUUCCUCACGUCAAGAUGGAGUGUGGAGACCUGCAGAGCUUGGCUGAGAGGAGCUCCUUCAUGACCCUCAACAUCCAGGAAGGUCUGAGCCCAAACCACCUGAAGAAAGCCAAGCUGAUGUUCUUCUACACACGCUACCCCAGCUCCAAUCUGCUCAAGAACUUCUUCCCUGAUGUCAAGUUCAAUCGCUGCAUCACGUCUCAGCUGAUCAAGUGGUUCAGUAACUUCAGAGAGUUCUACUACAUCCAGAUGGAGAAGUUCGCUCGCCAGGCCAUCGUAGACGGCGUGAAUGAUGUCAAAGACAUAUCUGUCACCAGAGAGUCCGAGCUCUUCCGCUCCCUCAACAUGCACUACAACAAAGCCAACGACUUCCAGGUUCCAGACAGGUUCCUGGAGGUUGCUGAAGUCACUCUUCAGGAGUUCUUUAGUGCCAUUUCCCUCUCCAAAGACUCAGACCCGUCCUGGAAGAAAGCCAUCUACAAAGUCAUCUGCAAACUGGACAGCGAUGUUCCUGAGGAUUUCAAAUCAACUUCCUACCUGUAAACAGAGAGCACCACCUACAGGACGCUUCAUGUGUGGACACAUGCUGUUUAUUUAUCGUAAGCAUCAAUCAUAAAUGUUCCUUUUUAUAAGUCAAUUGUCAGGUUUAGAUGAAAAAUAAAAAAAUAUUUUGCUGUUGACUGAAAUGUGUGUGUACGCCAGUAAGUUUGUUUCAUGUUGUCUUUGGAAUAGGCUUGUUUAUUAAUAGUUUGGAUUUGGGGUUUUAAUGUAAUAUAUUUUGAUUUCAUAAUGCCACUGUAGACAAAAGUGUGCUGUGUUUUUUGUUCAGAUGUUCCAAGUUAUGAAAAGCAGUUAUGAUUUGUGUUUUAAUGUGGAUUUGACUGUUGCGUUAAAUCACUGCGUUUCAGAUGUGGAGUGUCUCAUGAAACAUCUGUAAUAAUGAUCUUAAAAAGGUGUAAAUAAGUAUAAUUUAGCUGUAUAUUAAGUGAAAUGUUGACUUUUACAGAUAAAAAAACAUUAUAUUGCAUGUAAAAGCAGUUCCCUCAAAUUUUGACAAUAUACUUAUUUAUCAUGUACAUUAGUUUGCAUACUAUUGUUUAUCAUUAUAUCUAGCAGUGUGUGGUUUUCCAUUUCAUAAUAAAAUAUUCAUAUUG